GGCACUGCGGGACCGCAGUGGGGCCAGGCUGGAGACAGCAGCGCUGCGCGGGCAGCUAGUCCUCAUCUUGCCGGGUUGGUCGCGGCCCGACAGGCAUCCCCUGAGCGCCUGCUGCGCGAGUUGGACCGUGCAAAGCAGCGAGGACUGGCGAGCCCGAAGGCUCUCGUCAGACGAUGGCACCCACUGUAGAAGGAGGUGACGCAGCUCUGCUCCCAGAAUUCCCCAGGGGACCCCUGGACGCCUACCGGGCAAGAGCAUCCUUCAGCUGGAAGGAGCUGGCGCUGUUCACGGAAGGGGAGGACAUGCUCCGCUUUAAGAAAACCAUCUUCUCAGCUCUCGAGAACGACCCUCUUUUCGCCCGUUCCCCUGGAGCCGAUCUGUCCUUGGACAAGUAUCGUGAGCUGAACUUCCUUCGAUGCAAGCGGAUCUUCGAGUAUGACUUCCUCAGUGUCGAGGACAUGUUCAAGAGCCCUCUGAAGGUCCCCGCCUUGAUUCAGUGCCUGGGGAUGUAUGACUCUUCUCUGGCUGCCAAGUACCUCCUCCAUACCUUGGUUUUUGGAUCAGCAGUUUACAGUUCUGGUUCUGAAAGACAUCUCACCUAUAUUCAGAAGAUCUUCAGUAUGGAGAUUUUUGGAUGUUUUGCUCUGACUGAGUUAAGCCACGGCAGUAAUACCAAGGCCAUUCGUACGACUGCCCACUACGAUCCUGCCACUAAGGAAUUCAUCAUACAUUCCCCUGAUUUCGAAGCUGCCAAAUUUUGGGUUGGCAACAUGGGCAAGACAGCCACUCACGCAGUGGUGUUUGCUAAGCUGCACGUGCCAGGGGACCAGUGCCAUGGGCUGCAUCCCUUUAUCGUGCAGAUCCGGGACCCGAAGACCCUUCUGCCCAUGCCCGGAGUGAUGGUCGGCGACAUGGGGAAGAAACUCGGGCAGAACGGUCUGGAUAACGGUUUCGCCAUGUUCCACAAGGUCAGAGUUCCUCGCCAGAGCCUCCUGAACCGGAUGGGAGACGUCACCCCCGAGGGCACCUACGUCAGCCCCUUUAAGGACGUCAGGCAGCGCUUCGGAGUGUCCCUGGGGGGCCUGUCCUCGGGCCGGGUCUCCAUCCUGAGCCUGGCCGUCGUUAACCUAAAGCUGGCCAUAGCCAUCGCUCUUCGCUUCUCAGCCACUCGGUGUCAGUUUGGACCCACCCAGGAGGAGGAAAUAGCUGUGCUUGAGUAUCCAAUGCAGCAAUGCCGCUUGCUUCCGUAUCUGGCAGCUGCCUACGCCUUAGACCACUUCUCCAAGUCGCUCUUCCUGGACCUGGUGGAGCUCCAGCGAGGACGUGCCUCGGGAGACCGCAGCGCCAGACAGGCAGAGCUUGGACGUGAGAUCCACGCUCUGGCAUCAGCCGGCAAGCCCCUGGCCUCGUGGACCGCCCAGCAAGGAAUUCAGGAAUGCCGGGAGGCGUGUGGAGGACACGGCUAUCUAGCCAUGAACCGGUUGGGUGUCCUUAGAGAUGACAACGAUCCCAACUGCACAUACGAAGGUGACAACAACGUCCUGCUGCAGCAGACAAGCAACUAUUUGCUGGGCCUCCUGGCACACCGGGUCCAGGAUGGAGCUUGCUUCCGCAGUCCGCUGAAGUCGGUGGACUUUCUGGACGCCUAUCCCAGCAUCCUUGACCAGAAGUUUGAGGUCUCCAGUGUUGCCGACUGCUUGGACUCCGCAGUCGCCCUGGCAGCGUACAAGUGGCUGGUUUGCUACCUGCUCCGAGAGACUUACCAAAAAUUAAACCAAGAGAAAAGAUCAGGAAGCAGUGACUUUGAAGCAAGGAAUAACUGCCAGGUGUCCCACGGCCGUCCCUUGGCACUGGCCUUCCUGGAGCUCACCGUGGUGCAGAGGUUCCACGAGCACGUGCACCAGCCCUGCGUGCCGCCCUCGCUGCGGGCCGUGCUGGGGCGGCUCAGUGCUCUGUACGCCCUGUGGUCCCUGAGCCGCCACGCGGCCCUGCUCUACCGAGGUGGAUACUUCUCUGGUGAGCAGGCAGGAGAAGUGUUGGAGAGCGCCGUCCUGGCCCUGUGUUCCCAGCUCUACAAAAACCUCUGGGGCGCUGUCCUGCAGGAAAGCAAGGUGUUGGAGCGGGCGUCCUGGUGGCCAGAGUUUUCUGUGAACAAACCUGUCAUAGGAAGUCUGAAAUCAAAGCUGUAGUGGCGCCAGCACACAUUCAGCCAAGUCUAAUGAAAUGAAGGGAACUAAUCAGACGUGGACCUCAACUUCUGAUUCCAGAACACGCUGGAGAUUGCUGCUGCCUUCUGAGCCUGCACCUCUGCGCCUAAACUGCUGAUUGACCUCACCGCCCAGGCGGACGGGAGGGAGGCGCCCGGCCGGCUGGGCUAAUCUGGGAUUGUGGUGAUUUGCAGCGUGGAAAAGAAAUGCACGUGAUCAUGUCUGCCUGACGCACCGUGGGUUUUUUGAUCAUUAGAAUUUCGCACAUUCAGGUUUCAGGGUUCAGCUCCUGACUCUAAAGUAGUAGACAGCUCAUAGUCAGGGGUUUUCUGGUCAGACAACCUGUGAUUUGUCUAGAUUUUUUCCAGAGCUCCACUUCAUGAAGAAGGCAGUGGUGCCAGUCUGGUUCUUUGUCAGCUCUCCCUCGGCUUUGUCACCUAAUCAAAUUAUGUUAUAACCUUAUUAAUUUGCACAUAGAUCAUCUGAAUGUCAUGGUUUAAGACUUAAGGAAGAACAUCUAUUUGAUUACUUUCUUUUGUGGAGCUGGAAAUGUCCACUGAGGAAAUGUUUUUUUUAAAAAGUAAUGAUUUGAAUGGGCAAUUCAGUCUCCAACCCCCACCCCCCUGCCAGUUAUAUACAAAUCGCUUUAUUCGUAACAUGUUUGAUCUGUUUGUUCCUGCAGAACCUGCCCAGCAGGUCCUUGCACACAUGUGGCCUGUCCCCAUGGCGCUGGCCACAGCCUGAUUGCAGCAGACCGGGGCCAUCGGUGCACGCCUUCCCCGGUCACUCCUGCUCCCCGCAGGGCCGUGGGCUUGGCUGCCCUUCCCAGUGUUAGGUUCCCAGAGCAGUGCCGUCUUGGCGUCUGGGUCCUGCUUCUUAACCUCUCAUCUGCUCAGGGCACGGAAGGGCUUUGUCAUCAGUAGCAGGGAGUCGGGUCACUCUGGUGCCCCCUGACCCCUGUGGUCACGCUCUUGUCACCACAGUUCAUCAAACAGAUGUGACCCAGUGUGUCUCAGGACGGCCCAGUGUGUCUCAGGAUGGUGCUGACCCAACCAGGACCAGUUCUUAUUUUUCCGAGUAGCCCAGAGAACUUCUGAGCGUCUGAAGGGCAUGGUCCAGAAUGGUUUUAAAAACUGAAUUUCCAGCACCGGAAACCACUUCUCAAGCUCAUUUUCAUGUUUCGAAAAGGGGCGGGACACCCCACCACCACAUCCCACCCCUUUGGGGCUCCAGGGGCCUCUGAGGGGUACUUAGUGGCUUCUUUGAUGAGCACCUACCGCCUGCCAGCGCCUUGCUGAGCACUCAGGAUUUAUCAUCUUAUGGGACCCUCAGCCAACUGUGUGGGGUGAGUUGUGCCGUUAGCUGUGUCUGCAGAGGAGGAGACCGGCCCCAACAGGCUGGACACUGCCGCAGGCAGACAGCAGGAGGUGGCCGAGUGGGAUGAGAAGCCAUGGGACCUCCCUGGUGCCCGAGGGCCCCAGCACAGGGCUCAGACGCAAUAGGUAGGCUGAGACGCUGGUGUCCAUCAUCAGUUGAACCCAGGAGAACCCCCACCUGAAUUCAUCUUGCCCUGGUUUAGAAGCUUCCUUGGGUUUAAACAAACUCUUCAUGGUUUAA